GUAGCAUCUGACUGAGGAUGUUUUGGACAAACUUCCUCCCAUUCCAGAGAGCCAGCUGAAGAACUCUGACUGGCAGGACACAGUGGAUCAGAUCAUGCAGACCUAUGGCCCUGAGAAAGCUGUGGAGAUCACUGUGGUGGUCCUGAGGUUGUUGUACCGGAAUGAUCUUGCUGAAGUCUUAGAGAGAUCUCAUAGAGGAGCCCAGGGUGCAUUGCAUGGUAAAGUUGCGGAUGACAGACUCGACUCUUUGAGGCACACCGAUCUGCAGGUUGAACAUGUGCCUGUCUGCUCAUACCGGGGCUCCAGAGAAAAAUCCCCACCUUUAAAAAAAAGUGAGACGACAUGGUAUGUCUCACCGGGCAUUCUUACACCUGCCAGUUCUACCAUAUCUUGCUCUUGCUCUGAGAGUGACCUUGAGGAGGAACCCGUCCAACUUGUUCGCAGUUCUUUUAGUGCUUUGGAUAGAGAAGCAUCGGAUACCAAAGCUGUUGUCUCUCUCUCUAAGCCUGCGACUCUCUAUCAAUUUGAACCUAAAACCUGUGAUCAUGAGAACAAGGGAGCAUACUGGUUCCAGUGGCCCCAUGCAGGUCUGUUCCAGUGCAGUAUAACAGGACUAGUAUUUGAGUUGGAGGGGGAAGGAGAGGUGCUCUAUUGGACAGUCCCCUGGAACAGGAGGCUUCUAGCCCAGAGAGGCAAGAGGCCUGCAGGGCCCCUGUUUAAGUUUACAUGUCCCCAAGGAUCUGUCGGUCAGCUACACCUCCCACACUGUGAGCUCUAUGAUCAGGGUGGAUGUGAGUUCCUGUCUGUAGCCCAUGUGACUGAUGACAAAAAAGUGGAAUUUAUCGAUAACCUUGAGCUAACAGACACGCAUGUCAUAAUAAAUGUCACUGGAUUCUCUAAGUAUGGCAUCGUCAGUGAAGAAGGCAGGCCCAUCUCCCCUAUCGAUGCCCUUGUCUUGUUAUUCUACCAGCUCCCAGAUGUUGACAAGAGGUCCAUCCUGAAGGUUUUGUUGCUUCCCAGUAAUGUUGUACUCAAGGAGGUACGGGAGGAAAGGAGAAGCAGCAAUGGGGAUAGAGAAAUCUACCUUGAAACAACUUCUCACUGUCAACUCACCCCGAAGCAAGAAUACACCCUCUCCACCGAUCUUACAGAUGACCAUCGAAUAAAACCAACGAAAGCAUCAUUUGUUGAUUUCCAGUCCUAUGAAAACUACAUUCCAACAUUUCAGUUGUUCAUGCAAUCGAUUGUUAAGGAAGCGAAUAUUUUUCUGAACGAAAAUGGCAGUGAUAAAUUUGUAUGGGAUGGACUUGUCUGGCUUCCAGCCUCACUAACAGAAUUCACCUCUACAGUUUUGGCCCCUCCACCUGCAACUCCUUCUAUCCCCCCUGGUCGAGCCUUCAUUACAAAACACAGAAUGGCGCUAGAGACUCGUCUGGGAGUCUUGCGACCCAUACUCCUGCGUCUCCAGCAACCGGACCAGGGGGUUCUGAUUGACGAGGAGAGGGAGGAGGUGCUCAGCAUAACCACCAAGACCCUGCAGAACCAAGCUCUGCUGGACAUGGUGAUCAGAAAGGGGGCCCGCGCCCAAGAACACUUCUACCAAGCCCUGAGAGAAGCAGACCACUGCCUGGUUGAAGACCUGGAAGAGCAGACAGCCUGAGAGGUGGCGAUUGACACAAGAAGAUCAGAGUGUAUUUAAUGAGGAGCCAUCCUGACCAGAGGUGGUUGGUGUGUAAAGUGUUAACCCCACCCAGGAUAUGACAGCACUUUCAGCAGGUUGAAUUCACUAGACACCAAGUGGACUGAAAUAGGAGGAGGUGAUAUAGAAUUUUGUUAUCAAUUUACAUACAUUUCAAUUAUCCUACUCGGUCUGCAACCCAGAGUGUGUAACGUUCUGGUUUAAAUGAAACAGACAGAAUUCCCAGCUCACAAUUAGUCAAAUCCAAGUUUAUUCACGAGAGCUCUACCGUGCAUAUACAAAGAUGUUCCUUUUAUAACAUUAUUCUUUAGCUACACACACACAUGCACACUAACAUUAGGAUACUAUCUUCUUCUCCUGAAUUCUCAACACAGUUUAUCACUACCCAGCUGACAGUUUCAGUCCCCCCCAGAUAAGGGAAACCUGGAGGGGUACUUCCUGUCCUAUCCUAUCUCCCCAGUUUUAGCCGGGUCGGUUCAAACAUAGGUUAAGGAUUCUCUUUUUUUUUCUUUCGGCAAACACAUACAUUCCUCUCUUCCCCAGUCCAACCUAGUUGGACAUAUGUUUAUUAUUUUUAAUUACUCCUUGUCCCUGCUACAUAACCUCUAAUCCCUAAUGGUUAAGUUUCCGGGUAGAAUUAUUUAAUCAUUUAUCUUAAACCUUAUAAAUUCUUUUAUCAGGAGGGACUACCUGAACUUGUCCAAUAAGAAAUGCUUGUUUUCAUUUUACGUUGCAAACAUUUUGCUACAGAUUGCACUAAUGAAUACCACCAAGUUGUUCCAGUUUAAUGUUAAGUUGAUACAAGACCAAAGAAAAGGGCAAGGUUAAGUUACUGUGUGGGGCGAUCGUCCACCAAACAACCUACCUCUGCUACACAGGUGCAUUGGUUGUACUCUAGCUCAGGGACUCAGAUUUUCUUAGUGGUGUGACAGAAUUGUUCAUAUCUCUUUAGUGUAUAGAUUUAUAGAACAUUAUUUUUCAUGUGCAAACAUGACAUGUUUUGAUCUGAUCUACAGUAUUGCGAUGGAGAAAUGUUUUUUAUAUUUAAAAAUGUCUGUAAAUGCUGUAGUGUAUACAUACAAAGGUAUUUGUAUUGCAUUUGAUACAUUUUCAUGUAAGUUCGUAGUCUUUUGUGGGGUACCCCAGGUUAGCCGUCAGGGAGAGACGUGUUGAGGCCUGGUGACAGAUGGGAGUCUACAUCACACAGCGAUGGCUCCCUCUGCUGGAUAUGCCAGGUCUUGACUGGGUCUCCGGCCAGGACUAAUUGGGGCUGAUUAUGCUUGGUGAGUAAUCAAGGGGCUGAUUGCUCACCAGCUGGAGGAGUCCCAUUAAAGCUGCCAGAAGGGCAUCACAUGAGAGUGGGGACUGUGGAAGAGAGGUUACUUAAGCGAUAAGGCCCGAGGGGGGUGUGGUUAUUGGCCAAUAUACCACGGCUAAGGGCUGUUCUUAAGCACGACGCAACACAGAGGGCCUGGAUACAGCCCUUAGCCGUGGUAUAUUGGCCAUAUAUCACAAACCCCCGAGGUGCUUUAUUGCUAUUAUAAACUGUUCAACGGAAUUAGAGAAGUGAAAAUAAGUGUUUUGUCAUACCCGUUGUAUAUGGUCUGAUAUACCACGGUUGUCAGCCAAUCGGCAUUCAGGGUUCAAACCACCCAGUUCAUAAUCCUGUAUAGUCGUGCUCAGUACCAGAGAUAACGGAGGGAGCUUGGUUUUGUUCCCCAUAGGAUACAGCAAGACCCCGGAGCCCAGAAAACAGUAUCCUGGAGGAGACCUAUUCUUUUCUCUUUGUUUUAAUAUUUAAAUGAACACCCUUGAAAUUUUGUCCGUGUCUGAUCUGUGUAAAUGUCUUGACCAAAUCCCCUGGUCUGCCACACUUUCUUCCUACCAAGGUGACCCGUUUCAGGAAACUAGGCAUAUGACGCAAGUCACGACUUCACAGGAGAGCAAUUUGAAUGUUUUACUUUUUUUUAAUCAAAAUGCAUUUUUAGGCAGAAAUGCCUUCAUGUGAACUUUCAUGUGGCUUAAUGACAAAUGUGUAUGCCAUCUGUAAAUACGAAUACAAUUGUUAAAUUAGCCAUAAUUGACAGAGGUAAUGAGCGGGCUGGACAUACUAAGAGAGGAGUUCGGAUUGGUCUGCCAUAUAGAGGGCUUCUGUCUAUUUGAGCUGAUCAGUCUGUGUUGGUAAUCUAGUCAAAUGCAGCUUUUUAAAAAAGGUAUCGUGUAGUGGAGCUGCAUAAGUGUUGCUCUCCACUUUCUGAAGGGUUGAGUUUUGAAAUCAGUGGAAUUAGAGUGUGGUAGCUUAAAAGCUGGCAAAAACACCUGUCUCCGGAUUACAUCUUCAAACUAAGGGCAACCGUGGCAUGGCAACCAUGACAGCAUCCGUGACAGGGAGACACUAGCUACAUUUUCAGAUAUUACACAUUUCAAAUUUUGGCAGAAAGUUGUUUAAUUUCAAGCUAAAGUGUACUGUUUAACGAUACAUGUAUAACGUUCUUAUUCAUUGUUGUUUAACUAGCUAAUGUUAGCUGGCUGGCUCAUUAGCUAACGUUACGUGAUGUGUGUGAUCUUACACGUUGUUUACCUAGAUAGGUUAAUUGUUUACAUAGCUAGCUAGCUACAUGUCUUAUGCUAAAGUAUACUGUUAGCUAGCUAACAUUAGCUGGCUGGCUCCCUAGCUAACGUUAUGUGCAUGACGUUAUUAUUCGUAUCCCAGGCCCGUUUGCUUUGCUAGUUAGAGCCUAAAGUUAGCUAGCUAACAUUGAAUCUGGUUGGUUAGCUCCCAGCAGAUUCAUGCAGCGUAGUAACAACAUUAUUUGACUAUGUAUAUAGUUGUUUAACUAGCUAACAUUAGCUGGCUGGCUCAUUAGCUAACACUACAUGAUGUGUGCAAUCUUACACAUUGUUUACCUAGCUUGGUUCAUUGUUACCUAGCUAGCUAGCUACAUGUAUUAAGCUAAAGUGUACAACACCCAUUGAAUAUGACCGGUGUCAGUAAACGUCGGCAAAAAAGCAGAAUUAAAUUAAUUUACAAUUG